UGCCAACACCUUUUCCUCCCAAGAGUUGCUUCUUUGAGUCAGGGCGUGGCUCGGCCCCCAAAGUGCAGGGCCUGAAGGAUUACCCUGAUCGGCCCACUUUUAGGACACAGGAGUGUUAACAGCAGAAUCAGGUUCACAUGGACAAACUGAUGACAAAGCAGGACAUCUGGAAAGAUGAGUUCUGGCAGAACCCCUGGGACCAGGGAGGCCUGGUAGUGAUCAUUUUAUUCAUCACCACGAUCCUGUUUCUCAUUGUGUUUGCCAUUGUAUUUGGUUUUCUCCCUCCGCUUGAGAACAUCAACCAGUGUGAAGAGUUGUGACCUGACUUUCUGGAGGCCAAGAAGGGGACCACCUGUUAGAUACUCUCGAAACACCAUGUAUGUUUUCUUCAAAGCCUUUUCAGAGUCUGCAAUUAUACGCUUUUAUUAAUGUAAUUAAUUAAUUUGUUAACUAAUAUUAUCUGAUAAGUGCCUGCCUUCCCCACUGGACCGAACACCACAAAAGCAGGUGAUGGGUUUCUGCUCACCAUUGUAUGCCCAUAUCUGAUGUGCCUCACAUACAGUCCAUUUCAAACAAUAUUUGCU